AUGUUGGAGAUACAGCAGAGUCUGAUGAGGAAGCCGGGAUGUGAGUUGGCCAAAUUUUGGUGGGUCUUCAUUAGUAGAUUGCUAUUUGUUGUCGUUCAGACGUUUGUCUUCUUCAAAAACCCCGCUAUUGUCGUGCGUAGAUCUCAGAAAGUGUUUUUCCGAUUUGGAUUCAUGCACUUAAUUGCAACAAACUUCUGUGUUUGGAUGCGGACUUUGAUAAGCGAAAUUAUCUUAGAAGCAAAUUAUCUCAACAAAAACAAUGCAUCAAAUACCAGCACACCAACAUUUCUGCCGAAAACAAGCUACAGCAUCCUGCAGAUAGCGGCUCCAUAUCUUUUCCCGUUCGUCAUGGAGUACAGUUUGUUGUGCAUCAGUGUGGCGUUCGUCAUGUACUUCAGCAUCAGUGAGGAGUCGAGAGACAACAUCGAGAAAGGAAUAACCAAUCUUUUCAAGAUCGAUGUGUUUGAAAAAGACAGUCCGGAAGAAAUUGAAAAAGAUAAGUUGAAAUCACCCAAAGUUGAUCGUCGUCAUCCACACGGCUUGUCAGAAUCGGAAGAACUGUUCAGCAAGUCACACCGAGGCAUCUAUACGGGAUUCAUGUUCUUGACUGGAAUCAUCGUCUGCAUUGUCUUUUUCAAUUACUCGUACGGUAACUGGUUUGAUCCGAUAAAAGGGGAAACGAUCAGCCUGUCCUGUGCACUGUCCAUUGCAAUAAUAUUGUUAUUUGUGGCGUUUGCCGCCUUAGUGCAAAUGCAAGUCCUCUCAAUCAUCAACAAACCGAGUUCCAUAGAUGAUUAUUUGUUGAUCAUCGCCAUGUUUGGUGGUCUGACGUACCUCCUCUGCAUCAUCAUGUCGGGAUUUAAUGCUCUCAACAAUGGAGUCUACAGAAGUUCAACUCUGGAAACGUUAAGGAUUUGCAUGGGAUUUUGUGGCAUGGCUCAACUAAUUGUUCAAGUGGUUCUAGUGAUCUCUGGACUGCGUCAGUACCCUAGCAAACAAUCUCACGUGGAUUUGAAACCAGGCAGAGGCUCACUAACAUUUUUAGUAAUCGCCAAUGUUUCGGCUUGGAUUUUUCAUUCGGUACUGACCAAAAAUAACGAUCUACAAUAUUCUCCGACCAAUCUCUUCAGCAAAGUGACCUGGAUAAUAUUGAUCAACAUAACAGUUCCGCUUCUUCUCUUCUUCUUUUUCCAUUCCAGCGUUUGUCUGGCCGAUAUUUGGCAUCAAGCAUAUGUCCCAUUUCAGCACAACGUACAUAAGCCUCAUUGGAACCCUUAUCAUUUAAGCCAUGCGUCAUCAUAUCACCACGGUUUAAACGCUGAAGAUGUAUUUAGUGGAAAUUCGCCGAAUUUGAAACCAUUGGCGCGAACUCAGCCACAACAGAGAUCUGCAUUGAGUUAUUUGAGUCCGCUCAUUCGUUCGGUUUCGGUUUCUCAACUCAUACAAACCAGAAAUAUUUUUUCAAAUAAUUUUGAUGAUAAAUCAUGCAACAGAUCCCUUUCAGAAAUCCCACAAGGAAAAAGAACCUUACCGCCACCCAGAGAUGAAGACAAUUACAAAGAUAACGCUUACAACGAAUACAGAGAGUACAUUCACAUGUAA